AUGGCGGCUGAUAGGUCAAUCCCUAAAAAGAGACAAACCGCUAUAACGGGCAGAAGUCCAUGGUGGUCUCCAGUCCUGUCCACUCUUAGACAGAACCUUGUCCGACAGAGGCGUCGCGGUCCAAUGAGCACCGAUAGGCCAGCUUACAACAAAUUGAAAAACGAAUUCCUGACAGAGACCAGGAAUCACAAAAGGGCCGCAUGGAAGUGCUUUGCGGGAGACCUCAAUGAGAACCCUUGGGGCAAAGCUUUCUCAUGGGCAAAACGCGGCAACUCAUGCAAUUCCAUGCCCAGCACGCUUUCUGGUGCGGAUGGUUCUCAAACCACAAACUGCCGCGAAACAGCUGACCUGGUUUUCAGCACAUUUGUUCCUCCGGACCCGCAUGGGGAAAUACCCGAAGCUCAUGGUCCAAUUCAGUAUAAAGACGAACUCAGCCCGGACAUUAUAAAAAAUGCCAUCUGGAAGAUGAGGACGAAUAGUGCUCCCGGAUCUGAUGGCAUCACAGCAGGCAUUAUCAGGAAAGCGUGGAUGCCACUUAGGGAUAUCAUCACGAACCUCUUUCAGAACUGCCUGAGCCCCACUGCUGGCUAUCACGAGCGCAUACGCAACGUCAUCCACGAACUGCCUGGCCGCAGUGGCGGGAACAAAACCCCUUGA